CUAUAUAUGUAUAUAUAUAUACAUGAUAAAAUUCUAGUGGUCUACUUACUGAAAUUCCGUCUGAUAAGUGUAUUACCGAAUGGAAAUGUCAGAUCAAGAUGGUAAUCUACCUGCUGAUGAUAACAAGGCAGAUACUAACACGACAAAACCACUACGUAAAGAACCAUCUGGUUGUUGUGAGAACUAUUGCCAUGGAAUGUUUCGAAAGAAACAUUACAAAGAGAUAAUUUACAAAGAUGUUGGUAGAUCUUUAACAACCAUAAGUUUGAUUCUAUAUGGUUUAUCAUGUAUGUUGGAUGGAGGUAUUUAUGUGUCGACUGGUACAGCAGUAAGUGAAAAAACUGGACCGAGUGCUUUUCUUGCUUACAUUAUAGCUACAAUUGUGGCCAUACUUAAUUCUGUGAUAUAUUCAGAAUUAGCAUGUCAUGUUCCUAGUGAUGUAUCCUGUUACGGACAUACACAUAGCAUCCUGGGUGAACUCCCAGCAUUUAUUAAUGCCUGGUCAACAAUGCUUGAUUAUAUGCUGACUGUAUCGCUAACUGCACGUAGUUGGAGCAACAUAGUCGACACUUUUGUCGGGUACAGAAUAAGUUCAUGGAUAGUAAAUACAUUUGGAAGAUUAUCACCUCCAAAUGGAUUAUUGUCAGAAUAUCCUGAUUUUGUCAGUGCACUAGUGAUUCUUAUUCUAGCCAUUUGUUGUUGUUUCGGACUACGCAACAAUUUAGCUUUGACUGUAAUCUCAAGUGCUUUAAAUGUUGGAGUACUGUUGGUAGCUACCAUAUACAUGUUUAUUCAUGCUAGAGCAAAUCAUUUCUACCUGAUCCACCCUGCAACUACAACAAAGUUUACAUUUCUUCUACCAUAUGGAAUUCUUGGUUUAAUAAGUGCAACAACAAUUAGCUUUAAUGCAUUUGUUAGAUCUAGUGCACCAACGUCACGUACACAUGAAGUUAAAUAUCCUGCUUAUAGUCUACCUGUAGCAAGUAUAACUAGUAUACUCAUCGUGGGACUUGUAACCACACUGUCGGCAUUAGCAUUGACUCUAUAUUAUCCUUGGUUUUAUAUUGACGCAGAGAAUGCAUUUUUAAAUGCUAUCAAAGAUAACAAAGAUUCUCCUGGUGGAAAUUUUGCAAGAAUAUUCAUGUUUUGCUUAAUUGGCAGUGGAUUUAUACUUGGAUUACUUACCAGUCUGGUAGCACCAAUGUUGGCUGGUUUAAAUAUUUGUUUAGCUAUGGUUCGUGAUGGUUUUAUGCCAAACUUAUUUUCAUCAGUUUGUCCACCUUUCAAGAAACCAUUGAUUGCAACAAUAUUCCUUACAAUUUUCACUGGUUUAUUCAGUACAAUAUUUACUGUACAAAGUUUGACAAGUUUCUUAAGUUUAGGCACAUUAAUUGCCUACUGUAUUAAUGCAAUCAGUGUUAUGUGUCUGCGUUAUCGAUCACAGACAAGCGAACCACAAAAUGAAGAUGAAUAUGAUCAUGUUGACGGGAAAGAAUUUGAAAAUUACCGAAAUGCAUAUUACAAUAAACGAAUCGGUGAACCAGGAUAUAUAAAAAAGAAAAUUGGUUAUCGUUUAUCUGAUCAAAUGUUGAAAUUGAUCAAUUCCGGUGUUCCUGGUAAAAUGGUUAUCUUUUUAAUAGCUAUUUAUGUCACUUUGAGUAUUGCAUUGGUUGUUUGUUUGACAUUUGGGGUGACUGGCAAAUUAGCAUCAAUAAUGAAGAUUAUUGCUAUCUUAUUUAUUAUUAUCCUACUCAUGCUCACUAUUAUGUUCAUCAGUUUCAUUGAACAAUUCAAGUCACCUGAUGCUCAUCGAUAUCGUGUUCCAUUGGUUCCAUUACUUCCAUGUGUGACAUUAACAAUAAAUCUACUACUUCUUUCUCAGAUUUCAUGGUUUAGUUGGUUCCGUUAUGGUGUUUGGAUGCUAUUCGGUUUAUUAAUAUACUUCACAUAUGGAAUAAGACAUGCUUAUCGAAUGUCUGAAGAAACUGACAGUUGCAUAUCAUCGAAAUGUCUCAGUGAUAUAGAGUAUGAGAAGAAAUCUUCAUCAGAUGGAUCAGUAGAAUUUAUUGAUCCAAUCCGAUUUUGAUCAAGUGACUUUUUAUGUGGUGCUGAAAAGUUGUUGUUGUUUUGAAGCCAUCAUAUGUUCAAUAGUUUGAUAGUUGAUUGACUGAUUGAUUGAAGAAAAACUGACAAACUGAAAUGAUAUUUUUAUUUUCAGUGUUGUUAUUGUCGUCAUCAUCAUUACCAUACAUAUUUCAUGAGAAUUUUUGUUGUCAUAUAUGUAACAUUUUUUAAAUGAGAAAAAAUUUAUGAACAAUAAUUGACAUUAAAUUUUUUUUUUGUUUAAAUUGUCAUUCAAUGUUCAAUAUUCGUCGUGGUGAAUAACGCAUGAAGAAAUUGAAGUUGUUUGGAGCAGUAAUCAAAUCUUUUUGAAUUAUUUGUUUUUUUGACAACAUCGAUAAAAAUCAAUACAUCGAGUCUUAGAAAAUUAUUAAUAUCCAGUAAGGUAUUUGCUAGCAAAUGAUAAG